CCAAGCUGGCCUCCUGGACGGUGCCACCUUACACCUGUUCCUAUGCCCCGCCCCCUUCUUACCUAACCCAACUCUACAGCCCUGGACCUCAGCUGAACAGCACCCCAGGGCAUGAGGAGGAGUUCAUCAGUGACGCAGGACUGGAGGAUGUGCUCCAGGACUGCCCCAUUACACACCGAGAUGCCGAGACCAUCACUGAUGUGUGUAACAAUACUGACUUGCCGGAGCUUGAAAUUAUCAGUUUAUUGGAGGAACAGUUGCCUGUGUACAAGUUGAGGGCUGAUACCAUCUUCGGGUACGACCAAGAUGACUGGCUGCACACUCCACUGGUGGACCCCAACUCUCCCCUCGACUUGACCACUGAACAGAUAGAGGAGACUCUCAAAUAUUUCUUGCUGUGUGCAGACAGAGUGGGCCAGAUGACAAAAACAUACAGUGACAUUGAUGCUGUCACCAGACUUCUGGAGGAGAAAGAGCGUGACUUGGAACUUGCUGCCCGCAUUGGGCAGUCGCUGCUAAAGAAAAACAAAGCACUGAGUGAGAGGAAUGAACUCCUGGAAGAGCAAGUCGAGCACAUCCGAGAGGAAGUGUCACAGCUGCGUCAUGACCUGUCCAUGAAAGAUGAGCUGCUGCAGUUUUACACCAGUGCUGCUGAGGAGAGCGAGGGAGAGUCCACCACCUCCACACCUGUCCGCCCCCCUGAAACUAGUGUCUCUCCUCCAACAUUUUUCCCCCUGGAUUCACUGCAAAAGAAACUCAAAGACCUGGAGGAAGAAAAUAAAUCACUGCGCUCUGAGGCAAGCCAUUUGGAAACAGAAACAAUUUCCUAUGAAGAGAAAGAGCAGCAAUUGGUCAAUGACUGUGUUAAGGAACUGCGUGAUGCAAACCGGCAGAUUGGGUCCCUCGCCGAAGAACUGGCCAAAAAGACAGAAGAUGCCACCAGGCAGCAAGAAGAAAUCACACAUCUCCUCUCACAGAUCGUGGACCUUCAGAAAAAAGCCAAAGUGUAUGCUGUGGAAAACGAGGAGCUGACUCAGCACUUAGGAGCAGCCAAAGAUGCCCAACGGCAACUCACUGCUGAGCUCCAAGAAUUACAGGACAAGUACGCUGAGUGUAUGGAGAUGCUGCAUGAGGCUCAAGAGGAACUCAAAAACUUCAGAAAUAAAACAGUACCUCUGAGCACACCCAGGCGCUUCCACUCACUCGGACUCUUCCCACUGGACUCUUUAGCAGCAGAAAUAGAGGGCACCAUGAGAAAAGAGCUUCAGAACGACGACCCAGAUGUAGAAGAACAACGGCUGCAGCCAAAGCGAGUAUUUCAGACCGUGAAGAACCUGAAUUUGAUGCGUCAGCAGCGGGCUUCAUUGGCUCCGUCCCCCCUUAACAUCCCCGGAUCCAACCAGACGUCCAAUUUGAACUCUGGCCGCUCCAGCAGAGAAGGCACACCGCGCUGCAACUCUGUUUUAGGCAGUGACACAGGAAGUGGCAUUAUCCUGGACAACAGGACCAGCAGCUUUUUGGAGGCCUCAGACAAUGGAUCUGAGGAUUCAAACAAGCGUCCACCAGGGACCCCAGGGACUCCAGGCAGCAAGGACCUUGAGGCAGCUCUAAGACGUUUGUCUCUCCGGCGAGACAACUACCUCUCCGAAAAACGUUUCUUUGAGGAUGAGAGGGAGAGGAAAUUGGCUUAUUUGGCCAAAGAAGAAGAGAAGGGGGAUGGAGAAGGUAGUGGAGACCCCGGGACCCCAACAGAGAGCCUGUUCUCACUCUGCACACAUCCGUCCAUUGGGAGCAUCUGGUCGGGAUACUCGUUCACAGCCAGGUCUUACCUUCCUGAGAAGCUGCAGAUUGUAAAGCCACUAGAAGGCUCUGCUACCCUCCAUGCCUGGCAGCAGCUCGCCCAGCCUCACUUGGGUGGUUUGUUGGACCACCGUCCCGGAGUGGUGACGAAGGGCUUCUGCACUUUAGAUCAUGAGCAGGAGCAGGACAGCUGGCAGCUGGAUCAGCCUGAGGAGGAUGAAGCUUGUUGUGACUCCUUUAACAGCUCUGUCAUGGAUCUGACACACACUACCUCCUCAUCCUCUGUCUGCCGCAACCAAAAUGGCACCAUUAAAGAUCAUUUACAAAUAUUACAAGACGAACAAGCUGUGCACAUGCCCCCUUCCUCCUCUAACCCCUCGUCUUCCUCUGAAGUGAAUGGACACUUGGACCUGAUGGAGCUCCAGGCCCUACAGCCUAGUGCAGUGGGGCGCCUGCCUGUUAAUUUUCCAGGGAAGUGUAUGUCCCACACAAGCUCCACAUACACCUUCACCACCUGCAGGAUCCUGCACCCCUCUGAUCAGCUGACAUCAGUGUCACCCAGUUCAUCCAUAGCCUCAUGUCAGAGCAGUGCUUGUCUCGGGACCCCCACCCACACUCCAUCCUCUGUUCCUUUCUCUGCCCCACCAACACCCUCUUACACCCCCAGCUGCACCCCACGCCGCCUGUCUCUGUCCCUGUCUUUGGCUGAAUCCUCUACAAACCUGCGGGACUCAACCAGGACCACCAGCACGUCUUUGGGCCUGGUGCGCCUCCUACAGGAACGGGGGAUUUCUGCAUCAGUGUAUGAUCCUCACAGUUGGGACAGAGGCUUAGAUACUAGCACAGCCUCCACCCCUCUGGCAGACAGGACACCCUUAAAACCUGAAGAAAGACCACCUGCACAGCGUCCCACCAGUUUGCCUCUAAUGCUCCCAAAGACACCACCAAACUCUCCUCGUUCUUGCUUAAAAUCUGCCUCUUCACCCAAAACCAGACCCGUAUUUCAGUUCAGCCCAUGCCAGGAAGAACCACCAUACUAUGACAUCUUUCUUGCCUCAAAACCAGCUCGUACAAUUUUAAGAGAAAUCCUGGGGGAGUCUGAGAGAGAACGGGGGUCACAGGUAGACGAUGACGGCCAAAUGGAGACUUCAAACUUGAGACUCGUUGACAAACUGAAACGUUUUCGCACCCUCUCUCCCCUCUCUGCUUCAUGUGGGAAUGCUUUGCUAGUCCCUUUCAGUUCAACCAGCUUAGCUAACAGUGCACUGGGUGGGGGUCUGACAGGGCUCAAUGCUGGACUGAGGAGGAACCGGAGCUAUCCUGCUUUGGUCGGGGCCAGUAUGGCAAUGAAAGACCCAGGAGGUACAGAUGUACUGAUACCACAAACUACACAAUCAACAGAAUCACAGGAUGCAAGCAAAAAUCCCACAAAUUCAACUCUGUACUCAACACAAGCAGGAGAUCAUGACCCAAUAGAGCAGGCAACACGCAGAAAGAAUAGGCCAAAACUCAUACUGCAAGAUUCAGUAGAUAGUGAAGAUGAAUUUGGGGCAUAAAGUUUUGCACAGGAAACCAAAUGGAAAGAGACAUCCUAGUGCUCUCAAGUCAGUUAUUAUGCACAGGUGUUUAGUUGAGGUAAAUCCUCUUUUUUGCUUGACGAAACUGAACUCUGUUACACUGUGGUAAUAUGUAACACUGCGUGACCAGGCAGAGUAUGUUGCCUUCUAUUUGCCCAUUUUAUACAUGGCUAGUAUACUCAUAUGCACUAUGCGAUAUAUGGCAUUAUGAAUUGAAGGCCUGAUCCAGAUUUUUUAACUUGCAGAAAUCCACUUUUCCUUCAACAAACAACAUAUAUUGUUAUUCUGAAUGUGGCAGGAUGGUUUGAGUAUAGAUGUGGUUUGUCACUCCUGCAUCUAACUGGUCAUUCUGCCUCACUGUCAUGUUAAAAUAUAUGAAUAUAUAAUAAAAUAUAUUCUGCACUGUAGUAAUUGAUGAUAAAAAGGUCAUAUGUCCUAAUUUUUUAAUUGAAUAAUUUAUCGUAUUAGCUUUAUCGUAUUUUUACCAUAAAUUUAAGUGUUUUUGUUUGUUUUCUUUUUUAAGAUAAAAUGGGAAUUUAUAUUUCUACCUACAGUGGCAAUACCACCAGAAAUAUGUUGUGCUUGUCAUAACAGUGCAUAGUCUGGAUUGGGCCUUUAAUGUGCUUCAUGAAUGAAUGUUCAUAAUGUGCCUAAAUCAUCUUGAAUCAGAUUGGACUACAGGUCUGCUGUUUCAAAGAGCCUCCAGUGGAAAUGUAAGCUGUAGUAAAUUUGAAUGGAUUUUGCGUUUUACAGACACACUUGUCAAAUCUGCUUUGCUACAUGCUUCUCAGUCAGUCAAGGCAUUAAGAAGUUACCUGUUCAAGCACUGUGACUGGAACUCAGUGGGAGAUUCUGAGUAUCCAUCCAUCCAUCCAUUUUCGUCCGAUUAUCCGGGCCGGGUCGCAGGGGCAGCAGUCUGAGUAUCCAUGAUUUCCAUAUGUUAUUGCUCAACUCAUGUAAUAGUCUUUUGUUUUUUGUUAGUUUUUUUGUCUAUAGGUUACUGGGGAAAGAGUUGGAUGUAACAAAAUGACAGAAGAGACAGACUGAAAAGUAUAUUUUGUAGUUCAUUUCCAAAUGAAGUACAUCUGUAGAUUAAGAAUUAGAUAUCCCACUCAUAUAAUGUAAAGCAAAUCUGAAGGUAACCUCUCAAUUUUAUUUAAUUGGCUUGCCACUACCUUUGUCUGGAUUUAAAUUAUGUUAACAUAAGAAUUACAGUAUGAGUGCAGUGCACUGCCUCUAGGUUUUGUUAUACAUUACUGCCUUUUAUCCCAAACUUCUAAUGUAAGUGUGUGGCAAUACAUAAUGGGAGAUGUUGUAGUACUAGACAUGUUUGUCUAGCUUUGAAGAGCUGCUGAAAUCCUUAAUGAUUAAGGGGUAAGUUUUUAGAAUGAGAUAAUUCUAUAUUUAAUAAAUGAGUACUGAAUAUUUAAGUGAAUGUUUAAGUUUUGAUGAUAUUAGUGGUUUGAAUGUUCAUAAUGUAAUUUUAAACAUUUUGUUCUUGCCUAAUAACAUUUAUGUGACACUUAGUUGACAUUUCCAUAAUUAAUUAUUUAUUUGGUUUGCUGUGGUCCUGCCUAUACUCAGUAAUGAAAAGCACUGUUAAAACAUACAGUAUUUAUAUUCUAAGUGCCAAGUUUGAAGCAGGCAGCAGUCCUCGUGUCCUUGUUAUUUGUCACUUGAAUCAUUUGAAUGUAAGUUAUUAAAAGCAUUCAUCCUUCUUCUGUAGGGCCAUAUAUUUGUGUACAUAUGUUCAUUUGCAUUGUAAAUGUACGCAGCCGUCGGAGUGGUAAAGCUACCUUUUGUAAAGAAAAGUAUAAAACAAAAAAUAAAGGGAUUAUAAGAGGGAAAGAAACUAUUUUGUGCAGGGACUGAACAGAUUGUACUGUCAAUAUCAAUAAAAAAUAUA